AUUGGAUCGCCGUUACGGGACUUUGCGACUACAUCGUUAAAAUCGAUUGUUCGCGACUCGAGGACUCGAGGACUCGAGGCCCGGUCUCGUUUCAAUUUCUUCGACCGCGCGCGACUCGUCGCGAUUCUCUCCGUUGUCGUUUUUCCGCAGGGCCGCGCGUGCUCGACGAAAAACGUCGACUCCUCUCUUUCGAUCCAUCGAACGUCCAACGUUCCAAUCGACCAGAAUACAUUUUCAAACGAUUCCCGAAAUGAAAUUAGUUUUCGUCGCGGUAAUUCUACGAUCCGAAUCGAUCGUCCGUCGAUCGGGGCGGAUAGAUCCGACGGAUCGCGUUCGACCGGGGUAUCGGGAGAGAUCGAAUAUUUCGAUCGAGAAGAGCGAUCGUUCGGGGGCACGGGGACCGAUUAUCGGCUGUCGAGCGACGCGACGACGAGAGGAUUCCGCGGCGGAAACGGGCUGUCUGCGCGCGAGAGGAUUCGAGCCGAGCCGAGGCGAGGUGUCCAAUUAUCAAGGAAUUAGUUACAGUCAACGUUGGCGCGCAAUUUGACGGAACGGUGCGUCGGUCGGCCAGCCACCCGGUUGACGAAGCCAAGGAUAACCGGCAACGAAUAGGAUACGCGUCGACAGGAGGGAGGCGAAGCAGCGUCUCGAAGCGCGGUCGAGGGAAAGGAUGAGCGGAUCGAGACGGGCCAGGCACGGAACGGCGCGAUAAUAAUAACAUGUGGACGACGUGGCCGCGUACGAGGCGCAAGUGGCGCGGCUCGUCGGAGGCGCGCGGCGGACACGACGGAGCUCGCGGAAGCCGCGACGGAUUCCGUUUCAUCUACUCGGUGGUGCUGGCGGCGUGCAUGGCGGCGCAGGAAGCCAGGAGCGCCAAGUGCCCGCCCCCGGACACGAUACCCGGCUGUCCCUGCUACAAUUUCGAGGACGGUCUGUUCCUGGAAUGCGCCGGGGCCACGGAGGAGUCCCUGAGGAGCGCUUUGUCCGGCGUGAUACACGCCGCCGAGGGAGAAGGAGCGACGGUGGAGACCUUGAGCGUGUACGAGCUGGACAGAAAGGUGGAGGAGCUGCGAGCGGCCGCGUUCCCUCCCGGCUCCCAGAUCAGGAACUUGCAGAUCUCGCACUCGGCGAUCCGUGAAAUCAGCGAGGACGCUUUCAAGCGACUCGGCAAGAGCCUGGAGUCGCUGGGCCUGGUCUCGGGACGGCUGCCGCACGUCCCGCAAAAAGCCAUGGCUACCCUGAGCUCGUUGAAAGCGUUGAACCUGGAGGCGAACCUGGUGCACGAGCUGCCCAGCUACAGCUUCUACGGGCUGUCCUUGAUCAAGCUGAACCUGAAGGGCAAUCAGAUCGUCAAGAUAUCGGAGUACGCGUUCGCUGGCCUCGAGGACACUCUGACGAGCCUGGACCUGGCCGAGAACAAGAUCAGGGUGUUCCCGAUGACGUCGCUGAGGCGGCUCGAGCACCUCGCGUCCCUGAGGCUCGCCUGGAACGAGGUGUCCGAGCUUCCCGAAGACGGCUACUCGAGGCUGGACGGCCUGAACUUUCUCGAUCUGAGCAGCAACAACUUCAAGAAGAUCCCGCUGAACUGCUUCCGCUGUUGUCCGUCCCUGACCGUGCUCUCCCUCUAUUACAACGCCGUCGAGUUCGUCGACAAGGACGCGUUCAUAUCCCUGACCGAUCUCGACUCGAUCGAUCUCAGCCACAACAAGAUCGUCUCCCUGGACGUCUCGAUAUUCAGAGCGAACCAGAGGCUCAGGUCGAUCGAUCUCAGUCACAACCACAUCCAUUAUAUUCGCGGCGUGUUCUCGAAGCUGCCCGAACUGAAAGAGCUCUUCCUGGCGGAGAACAACAUCCUCGAGAUCCCGGCGGAGACGUUCGCCGGCAGCACCAGCCUCUCGGUGGUUUACCUGCAACAGAACGCGAUCCGACGGAUCGACGCGAGAGGUCUGGCGACGUUGAGCCAAUUGGCGCAGCUCCAUCUGAGCGGCAACUACAUCGAGAACGUGCCGAAGGACUUUCUCGAGCCGUGCGAGAACCUGUCGACCUUGUUCCUGGACGGGAACAACAUCAGGGAGCUGGAGGUCGACACGUUCGCGAAAGCCAAGUCGUUGAGGGAGCUGCGGCUGCAGGACAACCAGAUCACGGAGGUGAAGCGCGGCGUGUUCGCUCCGUUGCCGUCCCUGCUCGAGCUGCAUCUGCAGAACAACGCGAUCACCGACAUGGAGACGGGCGCCCUCAGAUCCCUGCACAGCCUGCAGCACGUGAAUCUGCAGGGCAAUCUUCUGGCGGUGCUGGGCGACGUGUUCCAGGUGUCGAACGACGUCGGACAGAACGGGAACGGCGGCAGCUCGUUGGUCUCGAUUCAGCUCGACAACAACGGGCUGGGCGUGCUGCACAACGACUCGCUGAGAGGCCAGGCCUCCGUCAGGAUCAUGUGGCUGGGCCACAACCGGCUGACCCGGCUGCAGGCGCCGUUGUUCCGGGAUCUGCUUCUCGUCGAACGACUCUACCUGACCAACAACUCGAUCUCGCGGAUCGAGGACACCGCGUUCCAGCCGAUGCAGGCGCUCAAGUACCUCGAGCUCAGCAUGAACAGGCUCGGCCACAUCACCGCCAGAACCUUCUCCGAGCUGCACGAGCUAGAGGAGCUCUACCUUCAGGACAACGGGCUACGACGCCUCGAUCCGUACGCUCUGACCGCGCUCAAGCGUCUCCGCGUCCUCGAUCUGGCGAACAAUCGUCUGAACGUUCUACACGACAAGAUCUUUCAGGAGGGGCUGCCGAUAAGGACGCUCAACCUGAAGAACUGCACCGUCGGCGUGAUCGAGAACGGAGCGUUUCGCGGCCUGAACAAUCUCUACGAGCUGAAUCUCGAGCAAAAUCGUCUGACGGCCACCGCGUUGGAUCGCCUGGACAUCCCCGGCCUCCGGGUGCUCAGGAUAUCGUUCAACAACUUUAGCCAGAUCAACGGCAACUCUCUGGACGGGCUGCCCUCGCUUCAACACCUGGCCAUGGACUCGGUCCAGCUGUACAGAGUGCCGCCGGACAUGUUCUCGAAGAACAAGAAUCUGGCCAAGCUGUUGCUCGGCAACAAUCUUUUGCGGCUGUUGCCCGCCGCGCUCUUCCUCGGGCUCGACUCGCUGAAAGAGGUGAAGCUCGACGGGAAUCGGUUCCAGGAGAUACCGUACGACGCGUUCGCGAACGCCACCACCGUCGAGUUUCUCUCGCUGGCCGGCAACGCGAUCCUGAACGUGGACGCGUCGCGGCUGAACGGUCUGGCCAGCUUGAGGGAGCUGGAUCUGCGCGGCAACUACGUCGUGGCGUUGUCCGGAUUCGCCGGGGUCAACUUGUCCCGGUUGAUCUCCGUGGAUCUCAGCCACAAUCAGCUGACGGCGCUUCCUGCCAACUUCUUCGCAAGGUCGACCCUGUUGCGCAAACUCGAGCUCGCCGCCAACAAGUUCCAUCAGAUCCCUGCCGUCGCUCUCUCCGCUCAGAACAUUCCCGGCUUGGCCUGGCUGAACGUCACCGCGAAUCCUCUGAUUCGAAUCCACGAGAUCAGCUCGGAGGCGAGGUACCCGGCGCUCCAGGAGAUCCACAUCUCGGGCACGAACCUGACCAUCGUCACCAGCCAGGACUUCGAGGCGUUCCCCGCGCUCAUGCAUCUCUUCAUGGGCAACAACGCGAUCUCCAGAGUCUCGCCGGGCGCUUUCCGCAGCCUGGUCGAGCUCCUCACCCUGGAUCUCGGCGCCAACGAGCUCGAGCUGCUCCCGCAAGAGAGGCUCAAGGGUCUCGAACACCUCCGGCUGCUCAAUCUAACGCGCAAUAAGUUGAAAGAGCUCGAGGACUUCCCGCCGGAUCUGAAGGCUAUGCAGGUGCUCGAUCUAUCGUACAAUCGGAUCAGCGGCGUCGGGAAGAGCACGUUCCAGCAUCUCGAGAACUUGGCCGAACUUCAUCUGUACGGCAACUGGAUAUCUUCGAUCUCGCCCGACGCUUUCAAGCCGCUGAAGAAACUACGGAUCCUGGAUCUGAGCAGGAACUACUUGGCCAACUUGCCGCUGAACGCGUUCCGACCGCUCGAGACGCAGAUUAGGAGCCUCAGGGCCGAAGAGAAUCCGCUGCACUGCGAUUGCGAGUCCCAGGAGCUAUGGGAGUGGCUGCGCGAUCACCAGAAGCUGGUAGGUGGCGGCGUGGGUCGGAACCGAGGCGGAAGCGGCAGCGGAGGAGGUGGCGGCGGCAGCGGUGGCAGCGGCGGCGGUGGCGGUGGCGGAGGCGGAGGAUUGCGAAUGAACGACAUGGACAGCGGAUUAUUGAGGUGCGAACAGCCGCCGGAAUUACGGGGGCUGGUGUUCCUGGACCUGGACCCGCACGCGUUCUGCUCCGCGCCCCUCAUCCUGAAGCUGGCGAUCCAGGACAUCCAACCGUUCUCCGUGUUGGUCUCCUGGCAGAGCAGGAAUCACUCCGGUAUUAGAGGCUACCAGGUGGCUUACCAUGCUUUCGAGAAUAUCGACGAGAUCAGAGCAAGGAUCCUCGAGCCAUCGAGCCGCUCGACGAAGCUGUCGAAGCUGGCAGCGAACAGCCGCUAUCUGAUCUGCGUGUUCGGGCUGGGCAACUGGAUGAGCCAGCAACUGGAAGAGGAAACGGUGGAUCAGUACAACUUCUCCAAUUACGAGAGCUUCGAGUCCGUCUCGGACCUGCAGAUGGCGGACACGUCGACGAGCCGUUGCACCGAGGUGAAGACGUUGGAAGCUCCCGAGGCGGUGAUCAGCAGCGACGGUGCCCCGAUGGGGGACGCGGGCAGCGUGAGCAGCUUCCUGACGAGGCGGCUCGGCCUGAUAGUGGGCUGUUGCAUGGGGUUCGUGGUGUUCCUGCUGCUGGUGUCCGUCCUAGGCUACCUGAAGGUGAAGAAGCAGCGCGAGACGGUGAAGAGGGAGCAACCGAUCCCUCCCGAGUACAUAUCGUACAGGCAUUUCAGCAUACAGAGCGGAGAGGCGGGCCACGCCGGCAGACAGGCCAGCCAAGAGGGGCACAACUCGAACUUCGUCAACAACAUGGGGAACGCGAACCUGAACGUAUGAGACAAGGCGAAAAACUGCCGACUCGUGGAGGUUUCGAACGUUUGAGCGAGACUCCGGGGAGAACUCGGAGCCCAGCGACAAACGCGAAGCACACCCGACUCGGUAG